GCAUCACCAUAUAUACCGUACGCUACUCCCUGCAGGCUUUCUUUUAAUCGCAUGUAUGUAUAUAUAUAUAAAUCCUCCCUAUUAUAUUAUUUGUUCAAACUAUAGCCUAUAUGUAGCACACACAAUCACGCAUGUAGUAUUUAUUUCCAUUUUCCCUCUCUUCCAUAUUUUAUUAAAUAAUUAUUUCUGUAUCAAAUUAGGUGUUUCAAUAGAUUUUUCACGUAGUUUAAGAUAUUUCAUAAGUUAAUUUUAAACUCUUUUAAAAAAGUUAGAGAUUUUUGGUAUUGCAUAGUACUGUUUACUUUAUUAAAUUGUACUAUAACUCUUUUGGAGUGACUUCUUUUUAAAAUGAAAGUGAUACACAUAUUUUGAUACAACUCAAAAAAGAAAGUGAGACAUUUUUUUUAUACGAAGGGAGUAAUCAUGUACACCAGUAGUGAAUAGUGAUAUACGGAGUAAGAAACAUCGAGUGAUAUAUAAAAUCUGUAUGACAUAAUAAAUUUACCUAGCUAUAAUGAUGACAUUCAUAAUUUUCAAUUUUCAAUCAAAGCGCGAAGUGCUGGCCUGGGAAAGAAAUGAAGAGGAUUGAGAAGGUGGAACAAGUAGGAGCUAUGGUGGUGGUUGCGAUAUUCCUGGCGGGGAACAUUGUGCUGGCUAAGGUGGCGGCCAACGACGGCAUGCCGGUAACCAUUAUGGUGGCUUACCGCUGGAUCUUUGCCACCGCUUUCCUCGCUCCUCUCGCCAUUGUUGUCGAAUGGGGGAGCCGUUUCUUGGCAAUCAAGAUUGCAGAAGUGUGUCGCUUUAUCUACUACAGAAGCAGAAUACAUUGCUGCUGCUGAAGCAGGUAAGGAAAUGUUGUGGCUAAAGCGCUUUCUCCAAGAACUUGGGAUCCAGCAGAAAGAGUAUAAGGUACAUUGUGACAGUCAGAGUGCUUUAGACUUAAGCAAGAACUCCAUGUACCAUUCUCGUACAAAGCAUAUUGAUGUUCGGUAUCACUGGAUACGGGAGACGAUUGAUCAACAACUGUUGAGACUAGUGAAGAUCAAUACAAAGGAGAAUCCAUCAGACAUGCUGACGAAGGUGGUGACACGAGAUAAGCUAGAGCUGUGCAGAGACAUAGUCGGGAUGCUUGUUUUGAAUAUGCCUGGAAGGGGAGAAUUGAAGAAUUCAAUUUCCAGGUCAUAUCCAAGUACAAGCAAAUUGAAGAAUCCAAUUGUGAGCAACAUCCAUGAAACUUCCUCCAUGUGCAAGUAUGUCUCUGGGAAGUUUCCUCACACCAAGCAACCACCUUCCUCACACCUCCAUUGAAGCUUCUCCUAAGCUUCCACCCAUCUUCCUCCCACCUUCUUAGUACCUAGUUUUGGUGCUAUAAAUAGAGAGCUUGGAGAGUCUUUCUAUCAUCAAGCAAUUUAGAUCAUAGAUUAGAAUACCACAACCAAGUUUGAGUUGUGAAUAUCCUUGAGAGAUAUGUGAGGUGUUUUGAGAGUUUUUAGUUAGAGCUUGUAUGUCUCUUCUUUCUAUUCUUGAAAGUAAUAGAAGUGUUUUUCUCUCAUAUUAGCACGAUCCUGUUAUUCCCAACACUUAACAUCUGCAACGUUUGCCACAGCAAUUUACAACAUUAUCCCCUCAUUGACCUUCGUUGUUGCAAUCCUUCUAAGAAUGGAGAAAAUGAAGUUCGAUCAAGGCAGCGGCAAGGCAAAAGCGAUAGGGACGCUGAUAUGUUUAAGUGGGGCGAUGCUCCUAACGUUGUACCGAGGGCCAGAGUUUCAUAUAUGGAGGUCCAACGUUGACUUAUUUCACCUCUCUCACCCACAUGGUAACACUGUGACGUCGUCAAAGGGCAAUUCUGGUAGUUUCACUUUGGGUGCAGCCAUUACACUCAUGUCAUGCUUUUGUUAUGCACUGUGGAUAGUGCUCUUGGCAAAGAUAAGCAAGAAUUAUCCAUGCCAUUACUCGAGUAGCGCAUUGAUGAGUUUCAUGGGGACGAUUCAGACUUCUGUGUUCGCAUUAUGCAUUUCGAGAGAAGAGGCUGGCUGGAAGCUUGGUUGGAAUAUCAGAUUAUUCGUCGUUCUUUUCAUGGGAGUUAUAGGAUCGGGAGUCGUAUUAAUUCUGAUGACGUGGUGCGCGAAUAAAAGCGGGCCCUUGUUUGUGUCCAUCUUCAAUCCUUUAAUAUUGGUGUUCGUGGCUUUGACAUGCUCAUUGUUGCUCAAUGAAACGUUACAUCUUGGAAGCAUUUUGGGUGGAUUUGUGAUUGUAUUCGGAUUAUACGUGGUGUUAUGGGGAAAAGCAAGAGACAUGAAAGAAGCAAGCAGCUCUGAUUCUCAGCAAGUCAUUCCUAAAACCAACUCAGAAACUGUGCAAUGAUUAAUUAAUUAAUUUGCUCCGAUCUCUUGCAAGCAAGCAAGCAUAAACUCAGAAUGUUUCGGUUAGAGGGUGUGCUAAAAUGCAAAGUAAUUACCUCUCAUAUGAAAUGUUGAAUGUAAUGAAAGAGUUAGUUUAUGU